UGCCCCCCAAGUGACACUGCCAGGACCCCGACUCGUGACGCACGAACUGAGUGUCCCACCUGCACCCCCUCGAGGUCCAUCCAUGCGACCACUUUACAGUAGAUCGCCAGGAACACCCACUGCUUCACGUCUCUACGUUUCGUUCCGUUCUGCCCAUCCAACUUAUUUGGCUUCAGCCACCUGGACGGUGCCCUCCAUUGCCUCUUUGCGCCGCCGCUGCUGCUCUUCACACCACGACGCGGAUUUACUCCCAUCCUUUUCCUUCUCUUGGUAUAUAAUUAAACCAAGCCGACGCACCCUUCCUCCCUGCAUCCUUCGUCCCCCCUUCCUUUGGAUGCCCAGCUCGACCAACGAAUCAAGGACAAAAUCCCCGUCAUAAGCCCGACAUUCUUUACCCCGAAAACCCGCAUUACAAUUUACGCAGUUCGGCUCAUUCGCCGCCUGCAGCUCCCCGUUCCGCUGGGCCACACCACAUCCAAAAAAAGAAAGGAGCUUCCUGCGACCUGCCCUGCCGUCUUUCCCACCAUCCACUCCCCAAAACUCUGACGACAUUCCAGCCUGCCUGCCUACUUAUCUACAUAACCGACUUUGACGCUACCCGUCGCUCUCCGCCAUCUUGCCGUCGCCAACCUCGCCGUUGCUAACCUUUAUCCUCCCUCGCCGCCCGUUGCAUCUCGCGUCGUCCGCUCUCCCCUCCGCACGGCACUCCGUCGUCACGUUUCGUGUGACAGCAGCUUCUUUCGCUGCAACCCACAACAUGGACCAUCUCCCCAAAUUCCGCAGGAAACCAAAGAUCCCAACAAUUUCCACGACAGACGUUAAGGCCCCUCCCUCCCGAAACGGCUUUGACGAGCAGCCGCCCCAGCAGAUCUAUCCCUCCACCAACACCAACAACAACACCAACACCGUUACCGUCACCGGCGGCAGGUCGCCAACCCCGACGAAGCCCGGCUUACGCAAGUCGGCCUUUCGCGGUCUUCACCUGCGCGGCUCUGCUAAGCGCGGCCGCUCUCCACCCGCCGCCUCCCUGCCGCAUUCGCCGCCCUCGCCAGCUAUUGUCUCCCACGACGGCAUUGCCUCCUCCCCGGCAUCGUCAAAACAGAAAGACAAGGCUGGGAGUGAGAACGGGAACGGGAGUGGUAGCGCCGGCGCCAGCGCCAGCGGUAGCAAGAUCGGCAGCAAGGACGGCUCUGUCGCGUCGGAGUCCGGGAAAAACAGCCACGAAAGCCCUUGGCCAAAGCCGAGGAUCCCGGCUUUCCUCAACCUCUCGGUACCAGGUACGAGAUCUCGGCCGCCUCGCAGACGUGGAGGCGCAAGGCGGGAGCUAACUGCUGGUUUGCCCCCAGAUCUAGAGAACAAGUUUCAGGACCUCGUCUGGCUGGAACGCGAACGCUUGGCCGCCGGCCUGGCCUCCGACGCCGAUGAGACCGCGAAAUGGGGUUCCUACAAACAGACGGACAUGCGCAGAGGCUUGCAGGAUCGCUACUUUAACAUCAAACCCUGGAACCACAACCGCAUCAAGCUGCGCGUGCCCGCCGAGGAGCUUGACUACGUCAACGCCUCGACGAUAUCCCUCUCAUCACCCUCGAACAAGGAGCUCCCUCCCUUGCGGUACAUCGCCAUGCAGGGCCCGACAGAGAACUCGCUCGACUUUGUUUGGCGCAUGGUCGCCGAGCAGCUUACGUCUCCUGUCGUUAUCGUCCAGCUCACGAGCUUUUUCGAGAACAACCAGGUCAAAUGCUUCCCUUACCUGCCCAUGGACGAUACACAAGGCCCCUGGGCGAUAAAUGAGCUGGAUGGCUGGAGCGACGGCUGGGGCGCCACGCUGAGCUUCGACUCGCUCACCACUUUGGAGGACGGUGCCAUCGAAGUCCGCAAGCUUCUGUUUCGCGUUGGUGAAGAAGAGGAGGACCGCAUAAUCUGGCAUCUCCUCUACACCAAGUGGCCCGACUUCGGCGUCCCAGCUGUCGACGACCUCGCGAGCUUCUUCACACUCAUGCGCCUGUCGCGCGAGUACAACACGGCGCCCGAGAACCCGCGCAUCAUCCACUGCAGCGCGGGCGUCGGGCGCACGGGGACCUUUAUCACGCUGGAGCACCUAAUGCGCGAGCUGGAUGACGGUGCGCUCGACGACUACGACGGCGCGGGCGAGGGCGACGAUCUCAUCUUCGCAACCGUCGACGCCCUGCGCGAACAGCGCCGCAGCAUGGUCCAGGCCGAGUCGCAGUACCUGUUCCUAUAUCAGGUGCUGCGCAAGCUGUGGCAAGAAAAGUAUGACGUCGAGGACAGCGACGGCGACAACGAGCCUGCGGCUAAGAGGCUCGAGGUCGAAGAGCUGCCGACAUGACUGGCGAGGCACGUCGAGUCACCCCUGACAUUGCAAAGACAUUUCGUUGGGUGAUGGACGCAGCAAUCUGCGAUUAAUCGAGAUAUACUGUGGCAGUAUAGCAUUUGUAACUUUUACCUCAUGUGUACCAAAGUAGGCAGCAUACCCAGGCGUUUUAUUUUUUUUAUAUCUUGUUUCUUGGGGAGAGAGAGCCAACAGACGAAAUCUGAGCAUACGCCCCACGAGUUGGGCUGGGAGCUACACGCUCUAUAUUGGGCGCGGGCGGGUUGUCACGCGAAUAGCAUGAACGGGUUGAGGAUGCCCCGAGGAGGCUCACAAAAGAGCAAGAAAGCUCAGUCUUUGAAUGGUGAGAUGCUGUAGGAAUAGAGUCUGGUUAAGCCUCCGUCGAGAACGGAAUAGUGGGAGUUGAUACAUACCCUCGUGAGAGGGCAUUUUC